UAAUAUUUGUAUCCCCAAAACCACUUUACUCUCUCGUUCACUCUGCAUCUGACUCCUAUAGUUUCCUCUGCUAAUUCCAUAUCCCCGUUUUCCUUCACUCUUGAACCCCGAUUCAUUUCCACCAGCACAAGAAGCAUGGCUGCAAUAUCAAUACCUUCUCACAUGAAAGCUUGGACAUACUCUGAGUAUGGAAAAUCCAAGGAAGUUCUCAAGUUUAAUCAGAGUGUGGCUUUGCCUGAGGUGAAGGAAGACCAGGUCCUCAUCAAGGUCGCUGCUGCUUCCCUUAACCCCAUUGAUCAUAAGAGAAUGGAAGGCUAUUUCAAGAACAGCGACUCCCCUUUACCUACUGCUCCGGGUUAUGAUGUUGCUGGAGUGGUGGUUAAAGUGGGAAGUGAAGUGAAGAAAUUUAAGGUUGGGGAUGAAGUUUAUGGUGAUAUCAAUGUGAAAGCUUUGGAAUAUCCAAAGGUGAUUGGUUCUUUGGCUGAGUACACUGCUGCAGAAGAGAGGCUAUUGGCUCACAAGCCACAGAAUCUGAGCUUUGCUGAGGCUGCUAGCCUUCCUUUAACACUUGAGACUGCUUAUGAAGGCCUUGAACGAACCGGGUUUUCUGCUGGGAAAUCUAUCCUUGUGCUUGGAGGUGCUGGUGGAGUUGGAACCCAUGUUAUUCAGCUUGCCAAGCAUGUUUAUGGAGCAUCCAAGGUAGCAGCUACUGCUAGCACUAGGAAACUGGAACUAUUAAGGAAUUUGGGAGCUGACUGGCCUAUUGAUUAUACAAAGGAGAAUUUUGAAGACCUGUCUGAAAAGUUUGAUGUGGUGUAUGAUACAGUAGGGCAAACUGAACAGGCAUUCAAGGUUUUGAAAGAAGGAGGAAAAGUUGUGACAAUAGUACCACCUGGAUUUCAUCCAGCUAUCCUUUUCAUACUCUCUACUGAUGGGGCGAUCUUAGAGAAACUAAACCCCUAUUUUGAGAGUGGUAAGCUGAAGCCAAUACUUGACCCGAAGAGCCCGUUUCCAUUUUCUCAGACUGUUGAAGCGUUUGCCCAUCUGGAAACAAACAGAGCAACUGGAAAAAUAGUUGUCUAUCCCAUUCCAUGAACAUGCAUAAGCUCCACUACAAUCUACAUGCUUCUGUCUGUGAUUUAAGGUUUGUGUUAAAAGAGUGAGGCACAUUAGUACAUGUUCUCCAUAGCCUAAAGCUACCCACUUACUCUUCAAGAGUGUGUAGUGGAAUAACUAAGUUUUACAAGCGUGCCUGCAACUGUGGCUUUAACAUAGUGUGGUUUGUAAUUUGUUUUUGGUGUGCAUACUGUGGUUUGUAGUUUUGGCUAAUGAAAUAAUCACAUGGUUUUUUUUUAACUAGUUUGGUCUCAAUAAGUCUGUUUGAUAUACCUUGGUCGUGUUCAUGGCCCAUCCUAACUAAAGACUGCUCUAA